AUGAUAGGGGGUCUGGUUGCGUCUGGAAUUGGACAUUCGUCCUCUUCCCUAGAAUCAUGGUGUUUACUCUUCCUUGUUUUGGGCGCAGUCACCUCUGGCUAUGCUAUUUUCCUUUUCUUUUUACUACCUCAUUCACCUGCAACAGCCUCUUUCCUCACGCCAGAGGAGCGAAUAAUCGCCGCCCAACGAAUAAACAUCCGCAACAAUGCCGAUACCGAGUCAGCUCAAUUCCAAUGGAGUCGGAUCUGGGAUGCAGCAGGAGACUUGCAAGCAUGGCUUUUGGCGUUCUAUACAUUCUAUGUGAACCUCUACAAUGGUGGCAUUAGUAGUUUUGGGGCAAUCAUUAUUGCAGGCUUCGGCUACUCGAAUCUGAAGUCCCUGCUGAUUCAAAUGCCAAUGGGCGCUGGGUAA